AUGCGAACGCUCUCUGCACAGCGGGCAGCCGCCAAAGCCACGGCUACGGACGCCGCGCUGGGAGCCGCCAAAGCAGGAGGAGGUCCAAUCUUUUGCAUCAUUUUCCUCGCUCUCGCUGCAGGUGCAGAUGGAUUUGGAGAAGCCAAGGAUUCUACCAGGAUGCGAGACACUUUGCAGCUGUGGGAGAAGGAGACGCGGGCGCUGGUCGAUGAAAUUGUCGUGCCUGACUUUCUGAGUUGCAGCUUCGACAAGGGGUGGGAGGCGGUUCGUCUUGAGAUGGUCGCAGCUCUUCAACAUGUGCCGCAGGGUCUUCCGAGAUUUCCUGAAUCACUUGCUGAGCUUCCGAAGUAUCCGUGGCUGGAGAAACUUUUCUCUCUGGCAAAGACCAUCCAGGAGGAGACUGUGGUACACAGGCAUGAGGGUCAGUGGCAUCUUGCCGGGGACUUUCAUGGACUGCAAGCGCUAGCUCUGCAACCAAAGCAUCUGCAGCCUGAGACGAAGUCGUGCUUCUUUGGCUACAUCAACAUGUUCUACAUCGUCGCGUGGCGGUACUCCCUGAGCAUGGAUUUUAACGAGGCGACCUUGUACCUGCAACUGAUUUCACAACUCCUCAAGAAGGGGCAGCUGGAUUGGACUGAGCAUUCUGGCUGGCCCAUCACCUCAUGGAGUGUCUACGUGAACAUUCAACACAUGCACACGGGCAUGCCUUUCUCGCCUCUUCCUGCAGACCCGACUCCUGUUCAUCCACUAUCACACUUGGUACCGGCAGUUUGGCCGCUGCCAGGAUCCCGACAUUACAUAUCCAAGCAACCACUCCAACCGCAAAGUAUCAGCGUAUUUUACAUUGCAAUGCAUGUCGUCCCCUUCAAUGACUUCUUGACAUUCCUAGAUGAAUGGUGGCAGACGGCUGGUGGAGCAGACGCAUCGUCAGUCAAGAUCUAUGCGAACUACAUGGGCUUCCCUCGAUGCUGUCCUGGUGUUGGUCAGGCAUGCUCCCAGAAGGACUUAGAAGCAGCGGUGCCGAUGCAGAAAGACUGGAGGAUACCUUACUGCUGUCAAGACGAGCACCUCUACAGCUUGAUAGGCGUUCCGCGACUCCAUGAUCACAGCCAGGGGCAAUGGGAAGGUGCAUACCGCAACCACCGCAAUGACCAUUGGUCGGAUGUUAAGAAGGAAUUUGCUGCCAAGUACUACGACUGGAUGGACUCCCAUGUGGAUCUCGUUCUUUGUGGGCAUCCGAUCUUCUGGUGCACGCUUUUCGAGGACUUGCUGCGCGCAAACCACAAGAAAUCAAUGAUCGCUGUCUACGACCAACCGCCUUUCUUCUUGGUGCCCGAGGAUGGCGAGGAUGAUUUUGCGGAGCACUUGCAAGCUCUCGCGGACCCGGAAUUCCGAAACGCCGUAGUGGUAGGCUUUGCUCCUUUCUUCACUCGCCAGUUUGAAUGGUUAUUUGGUCGCAAGAUCCCGCACAGUCGCCCAAUAGCUUUGGUCGUCAAGGAUGUUUGGCAGCCACUUCAACCAGAUUCCGUGCUCUUCUCCACUUCUAUUGAUGCAGAAGCGAUAGGGAUUUUCUUUCGCUACGCGGAGGAGAAUGCUAUCGUGGAUCCGAGUGGCUUGCAGCUGAGAUUCCUGGAGUGGGGCUUGGAUGCCGCUGCCAAGAAUGCGGGGCGCACUGGUCUGAGCUACGAGACUCCAAAAUCGGAGCUUGCACAACUUCGUUGUGUUGUCGUUACGCCGUAUGACUUCGCCCACUUCAAGCUGCCGGAGUUCAAAGCCAUGGGGAUGCCGAUGUUCAUGCAUUCGCAACUCUGGAAAUGGACCACCCGCUGGUCGCAGAUGAUUUCUCGCCCCGCCGGCCGCAAUGCCUCCCAAUUUGCAGACAGUCGCUGGCAUCCUCCACAUGAAUGCUACACCGAGCUGCAGACACAGGAGCUGCGAAUGCCAACUCUGCCAGAGUCGUUCUACACAGACCCUUGGGGUUUCCUCCCCGACGAGGGCCCAUGUGCCAAGGCUUUGUCGCAAUGGGAUGAUCACGCAGGACCCUUCGGACGCUCGCCGUUCCAGCUGUUCACCACAGACCGCAGGGAUUUGCAACCUUUAGACGGCACGCUUUUCUGGUCCCAAUGGAGCGAGAUGGCCCUGCUGCCCUACACCAUCUACUUUGAUUCGGCAGCGCAUCUGAUCGCACUGCUUCGGCACUUGCCGCUGGAGGCGUUGAUGGACCUCUCGCGGGAGACACGGCAUUGGCACCGUCAAGAAGCAUAUCAGGUGAUAGAGUUUUGGCGUGGACUGACCGUCGCCCUUCUUGAGGGUGAUGCUGCAACUUUCAAAGGAGUCAUGCCCCGACAGUAA